CUUAUUCACUUGCAUGGCAAUCCCCUCCUUAUAUUAUAUAUAUAUAAUGCUCAUAAAGCAAUUACAAACAAUUAAGCCAGUGGAACAUAAACCAUGGAAGACAACACUAUCUACUACUCCGCCAUUUCUCUCUUCUUCAUCUUUCUUGCACUCAAAUUUUCUCUCUCCAGAUCAAGAAGCCAUAAGACUACUAAGAGCAAAUUACUCCCUCCAAGCCCACCUUCACUCCCAAUUCUCGGCCACCUCCAUCUCCUAAAACCAUCCAUGCACCGCAACAUCCUCUACAAACUCUCCCAAACAUACGGCCCAAUCAUCUCCUUAUGGUUCGGUUCUCGCCGCGUGAUUGUCUUGUCCUCACGAUCACUCGUGGAAGAAUGUUUCACUAAAAACGACAUUGUAUUCGCCAACCGACCUAAACUACUCUUGGCCAAGCAUCUUGGCUACAACAACACGACCGUCACACAAUCCCCGUAUGGGGACCACUGGCGUAACCUACGCCGAAUCUGUACGAUCGAGAUCUUUUCCAAUCACCGUCUCAACAAGUUCCUGAGCAUCCGAAAGGACGAGAUCAAACGGCUAUUAUUCAAACUGUCCCGUGACUCUCUUCAUGAUUUUGCCAAGGUGGAGCUGAAACCGAUGUUUACGGAACUGACGUUUAAUAUUAUAAUGAGAAUGGUUUCAGGGAAGCGGUACUACGGCGACAACGUGGAGAACGAAGAGGAAGCCAGGAAGUUUAGGGAGAUAAUGAGGGAGGCUAUAAUGAACGGUGGAGUGUCGUAUCCAGGUGAUUUCUCUGCCGUUUUGAAGUGGAUUGAUUGGGGAGGUUAUCAGAAGAGAGUGAAGAGACUUGCUGGAAAGACAGAUUCUUUUCUACAAGGAUUGAUUGAUGAGCAUAGAAGGAAAAGAGAAGGUUCGGAGAGCGUGAACUCCAUGGUUGAUCAUCUGCUUUCUUUGCAAGAGUCACAGCCAGGGUAUUAUACGGAUCAGGUCAUUAAAGGACUUGUACUGGUGAUGCUAUUGGCAGGAACUGAUACGUCAGCAGUGACGUUAGAAUGGGCUAUGUCCAAUUUGCUGAACCAUCCAGAAGUUAUCGACACAGCUCGAGCCGAAAUGGACUGCCAAGUAGGACAAGAGAGCUUGAUUGAGGAGCCAGAUGUCUUAAAAUCACACUACAUUCAAGCCAUUAUAUCCGAGACACUUCGACUGAAUCCGGUGGCGCCGCUUCUAGUCCCGCACUUAUCGUCGGAUGACUGUACACUAGGAGGAUACUAUGUGCCACGUGACACUAUCUUAUUGGUCAAUGCGUGGGUCAUACACAGGGACCCAACAAUUUGGGAUGACCCAUCAAGUUUCAAGCCCGAGAGAUUUCUGAAGGGGGAUAGUGAGUCUGCUAAACUGAUACCAUUUGGGCUUGGGAGGAGGGCAUGUCCUGGGUCGGGUUUGGCCCAACGUGUUAUUGGAUUGACUUUAGGGUCAUUAAUUCAGUGCUUCGAAUGGAAAAGGGUGAGUGAGGAAUUAGUUGACAUGUCUGAAGGUAAAGGGGUGACCGUGUCCAAGCUUGAGCCGUUGGAAGCCAUGUGUAAAGCCCGGCCCAUCGUGAAUAAGCUUUUAUCUAAUUGUUUCUAGCUUGUUGAGGGUAUAAUAUGUGUGUUAUGUGUGUAUUGAGCUUCAAAUGUAAUUUAUAGCAAUUUCCAUGUAAAAUAUCAUGAAGUCAUCUUUAAUAAAAUAAGAGAGUAGUUUCUUUUGAUUAUUA